UCUGGGGGCAGAGGGGCCGCGGGUGCUGCCGGGAAGGGCGUACGAGCCAGAAGCCUGGUCCGGUACCGGGAGGAUGGCCGUUCAGCAAGUAUUCCCACUUUCCUGUGCAGUGCAGCACUAUGCCUGGGGGAAGAUGGGUUCCAACAGUGAAGUGGCUCGGCUGCUGGCCAGCAGUGACCCACAGGCCCGGAUCUCAGAAGACAAGCCAUAUGCAGAGUUUCCUGUUUUUCCAGCUGUGGAUGGGGUCCCACCCCCGGGGAGAUGCCAAGAUCCUUGACAGUCGCAUCUCACAGAAGACCCUAGGCCAGUGGAUUGCCGAGAACCAGGACUGCUUGGGCUCAAAGGUCAAGGACACCUUUAAUGGCAAGCUGCCCUUCCUCUUCAAAGUGCUCUCGGUUGAAACGGCCCUGUCCAUCCAGGCACACCCUAACAAGGAGCUGGCAGAGAAACUGCACCUCCAGGCUCCACAGCACUACCCUGAUGCCAACCAUAAGCCAGAGAUGGCCAUCGCCCUCACCUCCUUCCAGGGUUUAUGUGGUUUCCGGCCCAUUGAGGAAAUUGUGACGUUUCUGACAAAGGUGCCUGAGUUCCGGUUUCUGAUUGGAGAUACUGCAGCAACACAGCUGAAGCAGAGCAUGAACAGUGACUCCCAGUCUGUGGCCUCUGCUCUGCAGAGCUGUUUCUCCCACCUGAUGAAGAGUGAGAAGAAGGUGGUGGUGGAGCAGCUCAACCUGUUGGUGAAGCGGAUCUCCCAGCAAGUGGCUGCUGGAAACAACAUGGAAGACAUCUAUGGGGAGCUCUUACUGCAGCUGCACCAGCAGUAUCCAGGUGAUAUUGGAUGCUUUGCCAUUUACUUCCUGAACCUGCUCGCCCUGAAGCCGGGAGAGGCCAUGUUUCUGGAGGCUAAUGUGCCCCAUGCCUACCUGAAAGGAGACUGUGUGGAGUGCAUGGCGUGUUCAGACAACACUGUUCGUGCUGGCCUGACACCCAAGUUCAUCGAUGUGCCAACCCUGUGUGAAAUGCUCAGCUAUAUCCCCAGCAAGGACAGGCUCUUUCUUCCAACACGGAGCCUGGAAGACCCCUACCUCUCUAUCUAUGACCCCCCCGUGCCAGACUUCACUGUCAUGAGGAUGGAGGUCCCUGGCUCCAUCACUGAAUACAAGGUCUUGGCAGUGGACUCUGCCAGCAUUGUCCUGGUGGUCCAGGGGAGAGUGACAGCCAGCAGUCCUACAGCCCAGACGCCGAUCCCCCUGCAGCGUGGUGGGGUGCUUUUCAUUGGGGCCAAUGAGAGCGUCUCACUGAAGCUCACUGCGCCCGAUGACCUACUGAUGUUCCGUGCCUGCUGCCUGCUGUAGAGACCAUAGCCUUCCUGGCUCUCCUCUGACGGUUACCCUAAAUCCUGGCCAGCCUCUUCUCAGGCCCAGCUCUGACCCCAUCCCUGCUCUCGACUUGAGUAUGCCCUGGAAGAGCGGGGGUAGUGAGCUUGAAGGUUGUGACUCCAGAGCAAGCCUCGGACAAACCAUCUUUCUCUUGGGAGGAGGACCCUGGUGAGGACUAAGACCUGACACUCCCUUCGUAUCCUCACCAUACCUGAGCCAGGCUCUCCUCAAGGCAGGAGGCGGCAGCUCUGUUCCAGCCGACAGCAUUAGGCAGGCUGGUAAAAAUCUGUGAUUAGCUCAGCAUCACUCACAGCAAGAGGGUAGGUAAUUUCUACGAACAGCGUUUUGGCCUUGGGACUGCCCAUUUCCUCAGCUGCAAAGGAGGGGGAAGGAGUAGGCCUGUGGACUAAUGUUACUCAUUGUCACCCUCUGGCUCUGUCAAAGCAAUUAAAGGUCACUUGUGUUGGGCUGCGAGGUAGAGCAGUCAGCCUUCAGCGUUCCAGUCCUUGAAAA